AGAAUAAUACUCUGAAUGCAUCAGAUUCAGUUCUGUCACGGAUGUUGCACUGUUUACAAGUGCCUAAGUAAGCAUUUCUGCAAAGGGUAGUUUGUGAAAGAAGAUAAACAAAUAAAAUGGAGACUGUACCAAAAGAUUUGAGAGGUUUAAGAGCGUGCUUGGUUUGCUCGCUUAUUAAGACAUUUGACCAAUUUGAAUUUGAUGGAUGUGAGAAUUGUGAUGAGUUCCUAAGAAUGAAAAACAACAAAGACAAUGUUUUUGAUUGUACUAGUUCAAAUUUUGAUGGAAUGAUUGCUGCUAUGAGUCCAGAAGACAGUUGGGUAUGCAAAUGGCAAAGAAUAAGUCGAUUUACUAAAGGUGUUUAUGCAAUAUCAGUGUCAGGACGGGUGCCAGCUAAUAUCAUAAGAGAGAUGAAGAGCAGAGGAAUUACAUACAGAUCACGAGAUACAAGUCAACGUUAAUUUUUUAUUAUAUUAACAUUAAAUAAGUUUUUUAUACUUAACAUUUCCAAGUAAUUUUGCAGGUUGCUAUUAUGUAUGUAAAAAAAAUAGGAGCUCUAAAAUAUACCCCAAAACAUAGUUUGACUUGGUAUUGUUAAAAUUACAUCAAUAACAAAUGUAUGCAACAUUUCAUUCACAAUCACCUUUAUCUCUUAUGUGAAUAUUAUAUAAGCUAUAUAAUAAAUUCUAUACAGAAAUAUAAAUUAA